AUGUCCCGUUCGAACAACGACGUCGCGCCAUGGGACACCAGACCCUCGCAGCCAAUGCCUCCGAAGGCCAUGGCCAUCUUUGGCACCGGAGGCAAUCCGAAUGCCACAGGCCGUCAACAAUUCUCGCAACCACGAGCAAUCAACGACAUUGCGCCUUGGGACACUCAGCAUCCUGACGAUGACGAUAUAGACGAUAUAGCGCCUUGGGAACGAGAUCCUCAGGCACACAUCUCAGGCUCGCGGCCGCUGAAUUCAUCCUACUUUAGCGAUUCUAGCGGUCGCGAUGCUCCGGGCUCGUCAAGGCGUCCGGAUACUGCAAGAACCAAUACGUCAGAUUCGCCAGAGUAUGAUGGUGAUGCAAGACGACCGUCUAUAGCCAGCGCUACAACUGUCAGCAGCACAGGUUCAAGGAGCAGCGCCGCCAAUGGUCGAUUCCAUAAAAGCUUGAAGGGUUUCUUUGGCGAAGAUCCUACGGAUUCGCGGAAAGGGUCAACGGCAGAUUUGGCAGAGCUAGCACCACCUGCCAGCUCAUCAGACAAGCCAUCACAGCGGAGUGGUUCGGUCCAGACUCAGACCACCCUCGACGAACGACCCAAGACCCCUGCUCCUCCUCCUUCCAGCGAUGUUACCCCUUGGGCUUAUCAGAACUUUGAGGAUGUCUCAAACUUUGGCUCUGCACCGAUACGGCAGGAACAGCAGCAGCAGCAGCAGCAGCCACAACAAGAGUCUCUGCAGCCAACCCCACCCGCGUCUACCCACCGGCGUGGUCUGCUCCAUCGCCACACAAGAAGCAAAGAAGACCCGCCCAAAGGCCAGUCAGCCCCUACUUCUAUACCCAAACGGCCUUCGACAAGUCGGGAAUCCUCGACAAGUAACCUCGCUUUCUACCGCAAUACACCGCCAAAUAGCACGCCCAUGAGCUCUUCUACAACGCUCGCUCGUAACGCCAGUCCAGCGCCUCAAUCACGCAAGGAACCGCCGACGCAAUCGGAAAAGAGAUCGAUAUUUUCAAAGCUCACCAAAUCGCGUAGGGACAAGCAUUCACCCCAGCCUGAACCGAUCAAGACCAAUGUUGAACCACCACGGCCGCCCGAGGAGCAGAAGAAGGGCAGAACCCAGUCGACAAAAACCACAGCCUCGGACCUUUCUGACAAUAAAAGAGAUAGAGAGACGAGCGUUACGUCAGUCGACAGCGCUUCAACAAUCAAAGCCACCGACCCUUCUCCCAAGCUUGACCGGACACAAACGGCUUCAUCGAAGACGAGCAGAUUCACGAGGCAUGGCAGGCAUCGCGGACCUAGUAUCCAAAGCGAUACCUCCGAUAAGGGCAAAGCCCCAAGUCAACAAGCUCCAAUGCAAGCUGGCGUCUUCAGCCUCGACACUAAUUUCGAUGACAUGUCAGACAUCAUCUCUCAGCCGCCGGCUCCAAAAACUCCCGGAGAAGCUGGGAUUUGGACGGGAAAGGCUUCCGCGACGCCGAUGUCAGAACUCUCUGCCCCUGCUUGGGAUGCCCCAGAUAGCUGGGCUGUCAAAGGACAAGAAGAUGAGGUUCUUGACAGCUUACCAGAAGCCAACGAGGAUGGGUUACCGGCUAUCCAGGAAGAGGAUGGCAUCUCCUACUUCAUGCGUGUCUUCAGAACGGAUGGCACGUUUGCGACGUUGUCCAUGUCCAUCAAUGCAACUGUGGCAGAAGUGCUUCAAUCUCUUGCCAAGAAAUCUGUACUACAUGAUUCUAUUGAUAACUACCAUCUCCUCAUGCGCAAACAUCAACUGUCGAGACAGCUAGGGUCGGGAGAACGUCCUGUGGCCAUGCAGAAGAAGCUCCUGUACCUUGCAGGCUACACAGAAAGAGACAGGGUUGAAGAGGUGGGUAGAGAGGACAAUAGCUACCUCAUCCGUUUCACGUUCAGCCAUGAGAAACAGACGGGAUAUGGCAGUGGCCUUGACAAAGACCCAGCAUUCAACAAAAUGCAGAAAUUCAGCCAUGUGGAUCUCUCAGGGAAGUCACUGGUGACAAUACCGAUUAUCCUCUAUACAAAGGCGUCUGAAAUAAUAUCCAUCAACCUUUCACGGAAUCUUGCACUCAGAGUGCCAAAGGACUUCAUCACCGCCUGCAUCAACCUGCGCGAGAUUAAAUUUACCGGCAACGAAGCGUGGCGUCUACCACCUAGUUUGGCUUGGGCAAGCCGUCUAACUGUGCUUGACGUGUCAAACAAUCGACUGGAACAAUUGGAACACGCGGAGCUGCACAGGUUAAUGGGCCUUGUGAGUUUGAAACUGGCAAACAAUAAAUUGUCGGAAUUGCCGCCCAACUUUUCGUACUUCCGCCAGCUUCGCAGUCUGAAUCUUUCAUCCAACAACUUCACCACGUUUCCAGAGAACAUAUGCAGUUUGAAGUCCUUGGUGGACCUUGACAUAAGCUUCAACAAGCUGUCCUCGCUUCCGAAAAUCUCACAAUUGACCACUCUCGAACGCCUCUGGGUCACGAAUAAUGAUCUGAAAGGUCCUUUCAACGAGACUUUCGCAAGUCUGAUUAAUCUGAAGGAGAUCGAUGCAAGAUUCAAUGCAAUAACGAACAUCGACAAUGUGACAAGCCUUCCAAAUCUCGAACAGUUGCUUGUUGGCCACAACAACAUCACGACAUUCAAAGGGUCGUUUCCAAAAUUGCGUGUGCUGGUCCUGGAUCACUGCCCGAUCACGUCCUUCGAGUUAGAUGAACCUGUGCCAACACUCUCUAGCCUUAACAUUGCUUCAGCGAAACUUGUCGAGUUCAAGGAAACAAUGUUUGACCACAUGCCAAACUUGCAAAAGCUAAAUCUGGACAAAAAUCAUCUUUCGAACAUGUCAUCCCAGAUCGGAAGGCUCACCAAACUAGAGUUCCUGAGCAUGGCCAAAAAUCCACUGAAUAUAGUUCCGCCUUCCAUCGGAAAUCUCGCGGAGCUCAAAUUCCUGAAUCUUAGGGAGUGCAAUGUCAAGAGCCUCCCUCCCGAAAUCUGGUAUUGUAGGAAGCUGGAGACACUGAAUCUUUCCUCAAACGUCCUGGAGACAUUUCCUAAGCAGAACGCUGCUCCGCCUCCAAGUGAGCUUAAGGAUUACACACCGACGGCAACGCCUGGGCUGUCAACCUCGCCUAGCUUCGACGAUCUUGGCAAGCUUGAAGACUUUCAAGCGCGCCGACCGAGCCAGGCGUCAUCGGGAAUGAUGAGCAUCGGUAGUUCUCAAGGCGCACGGAAGAAUUCUGUUGUGUCGUUGAGCGCUCAUCGAAAGCAAUCCGUGAUCUCGAGAACCAAUACAGAGUAUUCGAUGUCGACUGCAACUCGCAAAGAUUCCAACAUAUCACAAGCCCGGCUACACAACACAUUUGCAGGAUCCCUGCGAUAUCUGUAUUUGGCUGAUAAUCGACUUGAAGACGACAUCUUCCGUGAGCUCGUCCUUCUGCCUGAGCUUCGUGUUCUCAAUCUGUCCUACAACGAACUGGACGACUUCCCUCAAGGAGUGUUGCGACGUUGGCCUCAACUAAGUGAGCUCUACCUCUCUGGAAAUGAGCUAACGUCUCUGCCCUCCGAUGACCUCGAAGAGAGUAGUAAUCUGAGAAUAUUGCAUUUGAAUGCAAACCGUUUCCAAGUACUUCCAGCGGAGCUCUGCAAUGUGCACAAACUGUCCACCCUUGAUGUCGGGAGCAACUCAUUGAAAUACAACGUCUCAAACUGGCCGUACGAUUGGAACUGGAAUCGCAACACAAACCUCAAGUAUCUGAAUUUCUCCGCCAACAAGCGCCUAGAAAUCAAGCCUGCUGCACACCAAAACCAGGCACACUUCCAUUCAAUGAACCGCAAUGACACUACAGACCUUACAAGCUUCAACACCCUGAAAUACCUUCGCGUGCUGGGUCUUAUGGAUGUGACACUGUUGACGAACACGAUUCCGGAUGACAAUGAAGAUCGCCGCGUACGAACCUCAGCUUCAGUAGUUGGGGCAUUGAUGUACGGUAUGGCAGACACUUUGGGCAAGAACGAGCAUCUGUCAACCCUGGAUCUUCUGAAACCAAACUUUCGAGGCCAAGACAGCGAGAUACUUAUUGGCAUGUUUGAUGGCCAGACAAUGUCGAGCGGCGGAUCUAGGGUUGCAAAGUAUUUGCACGAGAACUUCUCGGCAGUCUUUUUUGAAGAGCUGCAGAAGGCCGAGAAUUUGAAGGAUACACCGAUAGACGCUCUCAGGCGGACCUUCCUAGCAAUCAACAAGGACAUGGCAAAUUUUGCGAGCAGCAACUUCGACACUAAGGAACACAGGUUGGCUAAUGGCCACAGGGGCUCGACUGUCGCAAACAUCCUCGGCCCCGAUGAUCUGAGUUCAGGUGGCGUGGCGGCAGUCUUGUACAUCAAUGGGCAGGAUUUGCAUGUCGCCAAUGUUGGUGAUAUUGAGGCCAUACUAAUCCAAUCCAAUGGCCAACAUCGACAAUUGACACGGAAACACGACCCAGCGGAGCCCGGUGAACGCGAGCGGAUUAGGGAGGCGGGAGGGUAUGUCUCUAGGCAAGGCAAACUCAACGAUGUCCUCGAAGUGAGCCGAGCAUUUGGCUAUUACAGUCACAUGCCAUCCGUCAUCGCUGCGCCUCACACGUUCAAAUGCCAGAUUACCGAAUCCGACGAGCUCAUCGUCGUGGCCACGAAAGAAUUUUGGGAUUAUGUUACGGUCGACGUUGCCGUCGAUGCGGCGCGAGCCGAAAAGAACGAUCUCAUGCUGGCAGCACAGAAAUUGAGGGAUUUAGCAAUGGCAUUUGGUGCAAGAGACAAAAUCAUGGUCAUGGUGCUCGGAAUUUCAGACCUGAGAAAGAGAGGCAACCAUCGGUUCCGAGGCACCAGUCUGUCGAUGGCGAAGGAGAUGGGUCUCGAUGAAGGCGCCAUAUUUCCCAGUUCCCGGAAAGCUCGGCGGAAAGGUGAACAACUUGUGGGCGACUCUCGACUUGCCAGACUCGAAGAGCCGGAUCCGCCUGUUGGUGAUGUAGCGAUCUGCUUCACUGACAUCAAAAACUCAACAGCAUUGUGGGAGAUCCUUCCAGUCCCCAUGAGAUCGGCGAUAAUGAUGCACAACGAGCUCAUGCGGCGACAGCUUCGCAUCAUCGGUGGUUACGAAGUCAAGACCGAAGGCGAUGCAUUCAUGGUCUCUUUCCCAACAGUGACAUCGGCGCUACUUUGGUGUUUCAGCUGCCAGAGUCACCUCCUGGAAUUGCCCUGGCCCCAAGAGAUCCUGGAGACGGUUCAUUGUCAGGAAAAGUUGGACUCGGAACAGAACACCAUCUACCGUGGGCUGUCAGUAAGAAUGGGUAUGCACUGGGGCCGGCCCGUGUGCGAGCAGGAUCCAAUCACUCGAAGAAUGGAUUACUUCGGGCCCAUGGUCAACAAAGCCGCCAGAGUGUCCGCUGUGGCCGACGGUGGACAGAUUACUGUGAGCAGCGACUUUAUUGCCGAGGUUCAAAGGACACUGGAGAGCUACGCAGACGAUGACCGGCGAGAUUCUGUAGGCUCGGAGGACACGGUUAACGACGACCCACUGUCAAUACAGAUUCGUCGUGAGCUCCGUCAACUUAGCAGCCAAGGUUUUGAGGUCAAAGACCUUGGAGAGAAAAAGCUGAAGGGUCUCGAAAAUCCCGAGUACAUCUACCUGAUGUAUCCUCACUCUUUGGCGAGUCGACUGGAAAUACCACCUGGGGCUGAGCAGAAAGUCCAGCUUGGAGGCGAGGGGCCUGCCACGGUUGACGACAAAGGCCAACCAGGUACUCUCGGUAAAGAUAGCCAACUGAAGGAUUUGCAGCUUGAUGAGGUCUGGAAACUCUGGGAUAUUGCCCUGCGCCUGGAGAUGCUGUGCAGCUGUCUUGAGGUCCCCGAGCGGGCAGCAGGACUGCACAAACCUGAAUUGAGUCUGCUCACCAGAAUGAAAGAACGCGGUGGCGUCCAAACAGAUGGCUUCAUGAUGAAUUUGCUAGAACAUCAAGUGACGCGGGUUGAGGCAUGUGCAACUACUCUGCAGCUUCGACACAUGUAUCAGCCUUUCCAGAAGGGAGUCAGUCUCUUUGAUCAGGCCAAGCCGAUCAGCGAAAUUCUGCAGGAGAUAUCGACGAUCCUGGCCGAAGUUAAAGAGGAACGAAAUCAGAUUCAUACUCCCGACACUGGGGAAGAAACAGACUCAGAAUAA